AUGAAGUUUUCUAUCACCCUCGUUACCCUUUGCAUCGGGCUGGUUGCCGCCGCUCCUCGGGCGCCGGAAUCCGGUGCCCUUGCCGAUAAGGCUCAGCCCAGACAGGCUGACGGGCCGAUAUAUUCUGACGAUUUCGUCUUUCCCGACGACCAGCGUCUCAAGCCUAAGCCUACCUCCACUCCAGUCCCCGAUGAUGCGUGCUAA